CUGGCACACAACGCACCUGGGCCGCGGGGUCGACAUGGCGAACACGAGAGAUGACCUGCUUGCAGAUGUUUAUGAUGACAGUGGAGAGUUCUUGUUGCCUGGAAAAGGCUCUGACGCUGGUCGCGAGAAGAUGCUGAAACAGGAAAACGAUGGGCUGAAGAAGCAACUCUGGUCCGCCAGGGGACUAAUCGAAGUGGUGACAAAGGGCGACCCUAGCGCUGUUGGCAACAAGCGCCUGAGGCUUGGUGGUGGAGGUGAUAACAGCGAAGGCGCGAGCACUUCGACGGCGAUCGCGAGGUCGGAGCUGGAAGAGAGCCGGGUGCUCAGGGAGAAGGACAAGCUUCGGUACGAGGUGAUGCUGCGGGAAGCCGAGGGGGAGAAGGGCAAGCUGCUCCGACAGGUAAAAUUUCUAACCCAGGAAGAAGAGGAGGCCCGUGCGGUUUUCGGCAAGAAGGCGGCGGUUUUGAUGGAAGAAAUCUCUUACCUUCGAGAGAACCUGAGCGCCGAACGCGCCGCGCUGGAGGCGGCCAGAGCAGAGGGGGGGCACAGUGGUGAACAGGAACGACAGAGGUACAACCGGAAGCUGAAGCGCGAGGAGGAGGCCAGGCGUGUCGCGGAGGAGAAGGCGGAGCGGCUCGAAGAGGCCGCUAAGACGUACGCCGAUGAGAUGGCCCAGUCGAGGAGACGCUGCCGGGAGGUGGAGGCGAAGAAUGCCGACCUCAGUCUUGAGGUAGCCGCGCUCCGGCGAAAGCAGGGCGCGGGGCUUGCCGCCGGGGGUCCCGCAGAAGGAUCGGAAACAUCAGCAGGUGCCUCUUUGUCUUGGGACACCCCCGCGGCCCGCGAGCUUCGCGCCAAAGUGACGUCGCUCGAGCGAGAGGCGAGGAAGAGAGAGGCUGGGCUGGAGAGCGACCGCAGGAACGCCAUCGCUCUUGAGGACGAGGUUGCCACGCUCAAGUCAGCCCUAAAGCGCGCCGAGGACCGCCUCGCUUCCGCCGUGAAGGCCGAGACUGACAACGCCGCGAUCAAAGACGAGAAGGAGGAGUGGUCCCUAGUAUUCUCCCGGGCUCUCAAGGAGGAGCAGAAGGCGGCGAGCCUGAGGCGUAUCAUAGGCCGGGAGCCCGCGGGGGCGGGGGCCGGCGGACAGGAAGGAGGCGGGGAGAAGGAGGGGGGGAGCGGAGCUAGGCCCACCCCAUUGAUGGCGCUUCGGCUGCUCCGGGAGGCUCAAGAGGAACGGUCGCUCGCGGUCAAGGAGCUGACGGCGCUGAGGCUACGCAACGAGCACAACCACGCGCGUCUCGCAAAGGUCGAGCAGGAGUUGAAGAACGAGAAAGAGCGCGGCGAGUCCGUCCACGCGCGUGCGGAAGAGAUGGAGUUGGAGCUGGAGAAGCUGGAGAGGCGUUGCCGCUCGUCGGAGAAGGAGGUCGAAGCCCAAAAGGAGCUCAUCAACUCGUACGAGCGAGACACCUUCCGCAAGCCCGCGGGCGAGACCUGGCUCUCCGACCACGCCGCCCUCGAGUCGGCGCUGGCUGCGGCCAAGGAAGAGGCCAAGAGCCUCAGAAGGGCGGCGGAGGGGCAGGUUUCCGCGCUGGAGGCGGGGCGUCUCAGGGGGCGCGCGGCCAAGGCGGAGGCGGCCCUCGGGGAGGCGAUCGCCGAACGGGACCAAGCGAUUAAAGCUGCCGAGCGGUAUGGCGACGCGCUCGCUAUGGCUGAAAAGGAAGCUGCGAAUGGUACCGGCGGGCAGAAGGGGAAGGUGCUGCACUUUAAGGACAACCCAGCAGCCCAGGCGGCCGAAGCGGCCAAGCGAGAGACCAAGAGGAAGCUUGAAGCGCUCACGGAGGAGAACAAGCGUCUCGUGCAACAGCUGGAGUCGGUGGGGGCGGGAGGGAUAGACGCAUCAUCCUCUGAUGGGGUUUCGAUCCUAGGAGGGGGCUCCUCCGGGAUGAGGGGAGCGGACACCCCGGACGCGAAAAAGUUCAGCGUCCGACUGAAGGAGAUGUACAAGGAGAGGAUCAACUUCUACCGACAGAUGGUGUACCUCCUUACCGGGUAUCGAAUCGACCUGAUGAAGGACCCUUCUCGGCAGAUGCUGCGGCUGAGGUCCAUGUACGCUGAGCAGGAGUCCGACUGCCUCGUGUUCCAGCAGAAGCCCCAGAGCGAGGGGGGUGGGCUGGAGCUGGUGGAGACGCCCCUCGCCGUGCAGCACAUGGACAAGAUCAACAUGUACCUUCGCAAGUGCGACUCCAUCCCGGCCUUCCUCAGCAGCCUCACCGCCGAGCUGUUCGAGAAGCAGACCUUUGUGGGGUUUGUGGGAUAGGGUUACCCCUCAACCUUGCGCGAUGAUGCCAGCUGCUUCCUCUCGGAGCGGUUGUUAACUUGAAGACAACGGCAACAACAUCCGUGAACUUCGAUAACUGUGGCUAUCAGAAAACGGACGGAUGACGAUCGCUGGAGCGCAGGUGUCCGCCAGCCAUACGCCAGGGGUAUUGGACCAAUCAGAGGUCGUCCCCAGCUGAUCCCACGGAGUGCGGGUACAUGGUGGAUGAUUGGUAGCUCGUUUGGAAUGUGCGUCCGUGCUGUGGGUUGUGAUACGUAGCCCCACGGUUCGAAUGGUUUUUGACUCUUCUCUUCACGUGGUGACCACUUUAGCUUGUGAGGACUUCGUUGCCAUUCUGACAUUGCAGCUAAAACAAAACCGUACAGAUAGUUGUAUCAUCUCAAUUAGCUCUCGUAGCCGCCAGCAAGCUGCUAGAUAGAUAGCCCGGCGGGCUUCUCUUUACAACCAUCGGCAUUCGGGGGCGCGAGAGGGGGGGGCAACAGCUAGAAGAUGCUAGAUAGAAGAAGAGGCUUGCGGUGAGAAGAGCCCAACAAGUCUUGAAUGACGACGCCGACACGGUUUGAGUGUGGUCGGCGUAUGAACCCGUCUGAAAAGUGACCUUUCCUUCAGUAUCUAUGG